AUGAAAGCAUUGGAGAACACCUCUAGCAGUUUAACUCCUCAGACAGUGCAGGUGAUGGUCAGAGCUGUGGCAGGACUCACCAGCAAGGGGGAUGAGCUUAGUGCCAAUUCUCAGCUACAAGCUAGCGCCCUGGUGGUAAAUCUCAGUUCUUCCCUCCUGUCCAUGAAUGUCAGUGAGGAUGGUGGUGAUGUGAUGAUGGAUGCAGCUACGCAAGUUGUGGAGGCAGUCAGCAAUAUCCUGGAUGUCUGCUCAAACAUGCAGAGUUUGAAGAAAAACCCAUUUUCAUGGAAUGAGGAGAAAGAUAUUAGUGGCACUGUUGGUUCUGUCUCACUGACAAGAGAAAAUGGUUCUAUCAUCCCCAUAGAGAACCUAUCUGAGGAGAUUGAGGUCAGAGCGCUAUCUACUGUAAAUGAGGAGAGAUACACCUGGGUCCCAGUGAAUUGUCAGGAAAUGUUGAUUCCCAUUGUGAAUCCAGGGAUUCAAUCCGUCAAUGCCACUGUGACUGUUAUCUCCAUUGUUGCUCAGUGCAAGUAUUGGGAUGAAACCAAAUACACCUGGAAACAAGAUGGCUGUAAAGUUGGUCCUAUAACUUCAUCAUUGGUCACCCAGUGCUUAUGUAACCAUUUGACCUUCUUCGGGAGCUUUUUCGUCAUGCCCAACCUCGUGGAUGUUUCACGCUCAGCUCAGCUCUUUUCCACCUUUGCCAAAAACCCUGUGGUGGUGUGCUUUGUUGGUGCCAUCUUCAUAGCUUAUCUCCUGGUGGUCAUGUGGGCACGCAGGAAGGACAUCCAUGACACAAUCAAAGUGAAGGUGACAGUGCUGGAAGACAAUGACCCAUUGGCUGAGUACCGUUACAUGCUGAAUGUCAGCACUGGGCAUCGGCGUGGUGCUUCCACCUCCUCUCAGGUCAGGGCCAACUGUUACCACUGCCACAUUACAGCCGUUUCCCAGGUGACAUUCAGCUGUCAAUACCAUAUAUUCUGCAGUAACCUGUUCUUCAUGAGGAUGGCAAGGGAUUUCUGUGAUGGCCACAUCUGGUUUUCUGUGAUCAGCCGCCCCCCAACGAGCACCUUCACAUGUGUCCAGCGAGUGUCCUGCUGUUUUUCUCUACUCCUUUGCACCAUGCUGACCAACAUCAUGUUCUGGGGCAUCCCUACCAACCCCUCUGAACAGACAAUGGAUCUGGGUAUGAACACAUGGGAAAUAUUGAUGUGGAAUGGUAAUGGAAGUUUGGCAGAACAUGAAUUCUGUCUUCUUUCCUUUCUACUCCUAUAGGUCAUAUGAGAUCACCUGGCAGCACCUGAUGGAAAACUGAGCCACAACAGCCAGUAUCUAUACAAGCAGUUAAGUCACCUAGAGAAGCAGCUGCGUCUACUAGGACCAUCCCACUUCCCCAACCAAGACUGCUACCACAGGGCAGUGGAGCAGCUGCAGGGCAUGAAAGGACUGCUAGAGCCUUUCAGCAUUGGAGGGGACCUGCUGGUACAAAGCAAUGGGGAUGCAGAGAGCAGAAAUGGGGAUAAUGGCAGGAAAAAGUGCUGUCAGGGCGGCCUUCCCUGGUGGUUUGUGAUUAUCGGCUGGAUUCUGGUGUUGGCCACCAGUGGAAUAUCGGGGUACUUCACUAUGAUGUAUGGGCUGACCUACGGGAAGGACCGCUCUAUAAGCUGGUUGAUCUCCAUGGUUGUAUCGUUCUUUCAGAGCCUCUUCCUCACUCAGCCACUAAAUGUGCUAGGCUUUGCGGCCUUCUUUGCUCUCGUUAUGAAGAAAGUUAAUCAGGAGGAAUAUGGAGUUUCAGAAAUCAAGGAGGCAUUCAGAACCACAGGAGACCCUGAUGCAGUGCAGGCUUCCAGGAGGGAUAGCACAUGUAGCUUCUAUCAGCCCCCUCCUCCUUCAGACAUUGAGAGGAUGAAGAACAACAUGAUUAAGGAGCAGAAAGUAUUUGCCCUUAUCAAAGAGAUUCUCACCUACAUGGGGUUCACGUGGAUGGUGUUGCUGGGGGCAUACGGUCAGUGGGACACAAACGCUUUCUUCCUGAAUAAGCACAUUCAGCAGAGCUUCAGCCAAGGAAUCUCAGACAGCAUGACCCACAGAGAUGUUUUCUCCUGGGCAAAUACUUCUCUUCUCCGCAACCUCUUUGGAGUUUACCCAGGUUUCAUCACAGAUGGGAACUCCAAACUGGUUGGUAAUGCCCGUCUUCGCCAGGUGAGGGUGCAGAAGAACUCCUGUGGCGUUGCUCACUCCAUGCGCCAGGCUGUACCAGACUGCAAUGCUCCAUACUCAUGGGAGGUGGAGGACAUGGGCUCCUAUGGGCCUGGCUGGAACCGCUCUGUGAGUGUAAACACCUCAAAGACACUCCGCAGCCCCUGGCUGUACCAAACCCAGGCCAGCCUCAGUGCCCAGCCCAUCUGGGGCAGCGUGGUUCUUUACAGAGGGGGCUUCGUGAUGAAACUGGGCCCUGACUCACAGAACGCUAGCAGUACCCUUCAGUACCUGUUUGACAGCACCUGGCUUGACAUGUUCACCCGAGCAGUCUUUGUUGAGUUCACUGUGUACAAUGCCAAUGUCAACCUCUUCUGCAUUGUCACACUAAUGCUGGAGACCGCAGCUGUAGGAGCAUUCCAGUUUCGCAGUGAUUUGCAGAGUGUUCAAUUGUAUCAGUCUACUGGUGGCCUCUACUUUUGUUUAAUGGCCUCUGGGGUCAUAUAUUUUCUCUACAUCCUUUACUACAUGUAUGGCAAGUUAAUGAAACGACAGAGGUGGUCUUACUUCAAGACCAAGCAGAACCUGCUCGAGUUGGCCAUCAUCCUCCUGAGCUGGAGCGGACUGUCUGUCUUCAUCAAGAGGACCCUGUUAGGGAACCGGGAUAUGGAAUAUUAUCAGAACCAUAAAGACCAGUUUGCAAGUUUCCAAGACACAGCAAAUGCAGAUGCCACAUUGGGGUAUCUGAUUGCAUUCCUGGUGCUAUUGGCUACAAUCAAGCUGUGGAACCUGCUGAGACUCAACCCAAAGCUACAUAUGACAGCUGUAAUACAACGGGCCUGGAAAGACUUAUCUGGCCUCAUCUUGAUUAUGAUUAUUAUGCUCCUGGCCUAUUCUAUUGCUGUAAGGGUCUUCCUGGAAACUGUAAUUUAUUGUGAUUUCAUUCCUAAAAUGUUCUUGGCAACAAUGCAUCUGUGA